GUAAGGACCUCAUCAGUUAAUUGUAGUUAGGUCUGAUCUAGUAGACAGGCUUUUCUUUUUCUUUUUCUUUUUCUUUUUUAAAAAAGGAUCUUAGGGGCUUUCCAUGCCGGUAUAAAUAUUGUGGGUGAUGACCCGUGAUCUAGACCUGAUGGCUUGUUUGAUGAGAUGCGAUUGGCCGGUAACAUCAAGACAUGAUCCGUUGUAUGUCAUCGUGGCUGCAGGUUACUUUUCGUCGAUUCUCGCACAUGCACGAGUCCCCAAGAUUCCAUUUCCUUACGAUGGUCCACCAUGUGUCCAGACACGAUUCCCCGGGCCUUCGCUGUAUUGGUAGCACGCUGCCGUCGCUGGGAAGCGACUUAGGAGGUCGAUUCCAUCUGGUCUCUGUGGAGACCUGAGUGGCCGGCUUCAAAUAAGUAUAUACCUGAUGAACGGCUGAUUCUCCCAUGCUUAAAUUUUCUUAUUCAUUAGUUACUCUGUUUACCAAACGAUACGCUCGUUAGCCACUCUCGUUAACUACAUUCGCCUUGUUGGCUACAUUGCUUUAAGGUCUCUUAUAAGAUGCGGUCGAGCGCUUUGAAAUCUCUAACCUUGGCAAGCCAAUUGACGAUUAGCUUCGCCUCUACGCUACCUCCGUGGCUUAGCCAGCGCGAUGUAUCACCGGACUUAACGUGUGGGAAUACAGGAGCCGGUACUAAGGGUUACACAUGCUCCGAUAACCUGUGCUGUUCCCAGUAUGGUUAUUGCGGCAAUACAACUAAUUACUGCUCUACUGGUUGUCAAACUCAGUUCGGCAUUUGCAGUGGAUCUGGCGGCGACGGGGACGGGGGAGCUGGUGAUGAUGGUGAUGGAGGAGUCUCACCAGAUCUAACAUGCGGAACAACAGGAGCUGGGGAACAUGGAUAUAUCUGCCCGACCGGCAUGUGCUGCUCUCAAUAUGGAUAUUGCGGUGAUUCAACCGAUUAUUGCGAGACUGGAUGUCAAACUGCAUUUGGAACAUGUUCUGGUGGCAGCGGUGGUAAUAAUACCGGGAGUGAUACUGACGGACGUUGCGGUCCUGAUUUCGAUAAUGCGGUAUGCAAGGAGACAGAAUGCUGCUCUGCUUCUGGAUACUGCGGCACCACUACAGAUCACUGCCGCGCUCCAGAUUGCUUAUUUGACUACGGACCAGCCUGUGAUGCGAACAAGACCCCUACAGGUAUCAACACGUCGACAUUGAGUCGAUCACCUCUAGGAAGCGUUGCCGUUGGCGGCGCGGGCGUUUACGACUGUGAGAAUGAGGGUGACGUUGCUCUGACGUUUGACGAUGGCCCUGGCGAGUAUACGUCUGAACUCCUGGAUCUUCUGGAAAAGUAUAACGCCAAAGCCACGUUCUUUAUCACCGGUAUCAAUAACGGCAAAGGUGAAAUCGAUAAUACCAGUCUUGUGUGGCCUUCGGUGAUUCGACGCAUGUACUCCGAUGGACAUCAGAUCGCUUCUCAUACUUGGUCUCAUGCCGACCUCAGCACUGUCACAUCAUCCCGGCGGAAGGAUGAGAUGGUUAAGAAUGAGAUGGCCCUCCGCAACAUCCUCGGCUUCAUCCCAACAUACAUGCGACCGCCUUACAGUUCUUGCACAGAGUUAAGCGGCUGUCAAGACGAUAUGGCAUCUUUGGAGUACCAUGUCGUAUACUUCGACUUAGAUACCGCUGACUACCUUAACGACUCGCCCGGCUUGAUCCAGAACUCUAAGGAUAACUUCGACGAAUAUUUCGAGGACAAGUCGUCAGGGACAGACGAUGCUUUGGUUAUUUCACAUGACAUCCAUGAGCAGACUGUCCAUAAUCUGACGGAGUACAUGCUUCAAGGUAUCCAGAGCCGGGGUUAUAAGGCUGUUACUGUUGGUGAAUGUCUGGGUGACCCGAUUAGUAACUGGUAUAGACAGGUUGCGUAGGAGAAUACUUUCUGCCUUCCUGUUACCGCUAGUAUUGGUGAAUUGGAAUUAGUGCAUACGACUUUAUUGGAGAUUUCUGGAUAGAUAUGAAGUUGGCAUGAAAUAGGAGUACAUAUUCAUCACUAUUCAAGGCAAAGCGGAAUGCCUCAUUUAUGAGCAGGUAAUCAUGUAGAUGAAUGUCUAUUUUUAAUGGAAAUAAAUAUUAGCUUGACCAACA